AUGAGCCUGGCCUUCGCCGCGAUCUGCUGCGUGGGAAGCGUACCGCGGCGCGCCAUACCCGAACUCGCUGGCUUCGGCGCCGCCUCCCGCGAGCGCUUCCUGUCGACGUUCUGGGGCAAGGCUCCGGUCCUCAUCCGUCGCCUCCUCGACGCGGAUGAGACGCGACGCUGCUGUCCGUUCGCCCCUCGCGACCUCCUCGAGCUGGCGUGCGCCGCCGAUGCCGCCUCCCGCCUCGUCGAGGAGGACAAGGGCUGGGUGCUCACUCAUGGUCCCUUUAGUCGCGCCGCCCUCGAGGCGCGCGCGCGUGAGGGUGGCAAGUGGACCUUGCUUGUCAACGAGGCGGAGAAGUUUGCGCCCGAGGUGGAGGAGCUGCGUGAGCUCUUUGACUUUCUGCCGCGCUGGCGGCUCGACGACGUGAUGGUCUCCUACGCGCCGCCGGGAGGCUCGAUUGGCGCGCACAUCGACAACUAUGACGUCUUCUUGCUCCAGGGCCUUGGGGAGCGGCGCUGGGAGAUCGAGGCGCGCCCACGCGAUGCAGCAGCGGAGAGGCUGCACGCCGGACUCGACGUGCGGGUCCUCGCGGACUUCUCGUCCGACCAGGCGAGCACGCUGCAGCCUGGAGACGCGCUCUACCUGCCGCCCCGCUACGCGCACUGCGGCACUUCGACCGACGAGCAGUGCCUCUCCUACUCCAUCGGCUUCCGCGCGCCGACCGACGCUGAGCUUGUGCGCUCCUUCGUCGAGCACUCUGCGGCCUCGCUCGCCUCGGAUGCGCUCUGGGCCGGCGAUGAGGCCACCCCGCCAUCAACCGAGCGCCGCGGGCGCAUCAGCCCGGAGUCUGUGGCGCACGCUCGACAGACCGUCGCGGCUGCGCUCGAGGCGGCGCUCCACGACGAGCGGAGCUUCGAGGCGUGGCUCGGCGGCGUCCUCACGCAGCCGAGGCGGCGCGCGCCCGGGAUGCGGAGCGAGGCGGUCAGGGCGCUCUCGGCCACAUGGGCUGCCGCUGCGCCGCCCGGCGUCGAGGCCGUGGAAGAGGGGGGCGAGCUGCCGUGCGACGGGGGGCUGGACGGCCCGGACGGGGUGGUGGCGGCGAUCGCGUGCGGCGCACCGGACGCACCAGCGCUGCGGCACGGCGAGACGGCGAUCUUCGCGUUCAUUGAGCGUGCGGACGGCCACCACGCGCUCUUCAUCGACGGCCAGCACGUGUCCUGUCCCGCCGACGCGUCGAGGCACGUCCCUCUGCUCUGUUCGAGCUGCCGACUCGAACCAGCCGCCUUGCGUGAGCCGUUGCAGCGCUCGCCAGGCCUGCGUCGGCUUGUCGCCGACCUAAUUCGAGACGAUGCUCUGCACGAGGAGCUCUGA